AGUUACUUAUGUGAGGGUAUUUCAGGAAAACUAAUCAGAAAACACGUAAAUUUAGAGUCCAAGCUCAGCUCUUCCUUGUUGCACGUCACCGGAGGCGGAGAGGAGUCGAGAUCGCCGUCGCCGUCGCCGUCGCCGUCGCCGUCGCCGUGGUACUGAUCCGGCGUGUUCCGCGACGACAUCUUAAGCUGUUUGGAUGAUUUAUAAGGACUUAAAGAGGAUUUUUGAUGCACUCUAGGUGUUUGAUAAAAAGCGUAAGUGAGAAUUUCAGUGGAUGUGAGUGUAAUUCGAAGGCCCUCAAUCUCUCUUGCUUGAGCAAUGAAGCGCAAGAAAUGGUCUGAGCAGGAAGAGCAAACGUUGCUCACCAAGUACUCGGAGCUCCUAAACUCGGGUGCUCUUGCGAAGCUGAAAACCCGGGAGAAGAAGUUCAAGCCCAUCGCUGACCAUGUAAAUGCCGCCCACCAUGUCUCUGAUCCCGUUGCCUUCCCCUUCCAGUGGUCCUGGCGUGACGUCUCCAUAAAGGUCCAGAACAUGCGCCACCAGUAUCUUGGUGUCAAGCAGAAGAUUAGAAUCUCUGAUGAUGAGUUCAAUUGGAAGGAUGGCGAGAACCACUGGGAGAAUUUCUUGAAGUACAAGGAAGUCUUCGGUGACGUGGAGUUGGAAUCCAAGGGAAAGAGGUUGUUGUGUGAAAAUGUGGAUGUUUUUGGGUACUGUGGGGACUUGGGGGUUGAGAUUGAUUGUGAGGAUUCAGAGGAAGAAGAAGGAGAAGAGGAAGAAGAAGAGGAAGAGGAAUUGGAGGAAGAAGAUGGUGAUGGUGAUGGUGGUAGCAUUAAUACUGACAUCGGUGAGGUUGGAGAGGAAAUUAAGGAAAGUGAUGGUGAACUUGGCGAUUUAGGGUUUGGAAUGACGGGGAAAUCGAAGAAGAAUAAGAAGAAGGGUUUGGGAGUGAUGAGGAGGUUGGGGUUGGUUGGCGCAGGGGUUUUGGAGCUUAGGGAUGUGAUGAUGAAGAGGGAGGAGAGGAGGAGAGAGAGGGAGUUCAGGAGAGAGAAAGGGGAGGAGAAGAGGGAAGAAGGGGAGUUUAGGAAGGAGAAGAGGAGGAUUGAGCAGGAAGAUUGGUUGGACAAUAGGGAAUUUGAGUUGGAAGAGAGGCAUUCGAGGUGGGCAAAGAGGGAAUUCGAGAGGAGGGUGAGAUUGGAGCGAGAAUUUGCGGAGGAGAGGCGGCGGAGGAUGAGGGUGGAGGAGAAGAGGGAGGAGGAAGAGAUGGAAUGGAGGGAGAGGAUGGUGGGUUUGCAGAUUGAGCACGAGAAGCAAAUGAUGCAAAUGCAGGCUGAGGCAUGCCAGAACCAAAUACAAGUCCUGGGGAUGAUGGCCAGGUUUGUUUGUCAGUUUUUUGGGUCGGCAAAUGAUGGGUUGGGAGGCGGUCUAGGCUCUUUGCCACCACAAAUACUGCAGAAUUUACAGCAUCCGGGGGAAUUGGGAGACAACGGAAAGCCUGAUGCCAAUUCGCCGUCUGAGUUCAUAUAGACUGUUACAUAAAUUAAAUUCCUCAUACAUAAGAUAUUAAGUGUUAAAUUAGUUGUUUUGUUUUUUAACUUUUAUCUUAUAAUGGCAUCUGUAUAGUUUGUCAAAUAUUGAUUCGAGGAAUGUGUGACUUGACACCUCCACUUGCAGGGUCAAUGUUCUCAUUCUUUAAUUAUUUAGAUGCCUAUUAUAUUAUUUAGAAUGACAUAUUCUUCUCAAUUCGGUUGCUUUAAUUUUUGUUCUCUGUUUAAUGGGUUUAACCAGAAUGCUCAACAUAGCAUAUCGGUCAUUCGUUGUACGGCCAGAAAGGAGGAUGAAAAAAAUCUGCAUCAUUCAAAGUU